AUGGUGUCAGAGUUGGUGGAGCGCGCGUUCAGCCGUAUCAAAAUCGUUGAAAGACAAGCAAGACCGGUUCUCGAUGAGGCAUUCGUGCUAAAAGCGGCCGAAAACUACUUCAGGGUGCGGGAUUCCGGCUUUAUGAAGACUACGGAUUGGUGGGUGCAACAGCCGGACAGGGCCCAAACUCGCGGUUCAAUGCGACUUGGUCAGCCCGUCCCGCCAUUCUUCUUCCCCAAAGCCCGGACUUCAGGACCUGAUAUCGUCUUUUUCAUUCGGGCUAAACAAAAUAUGUUUCCCGUUUUCAUGCAAUUGAAGCUGCGUCAGGUGGUUUCGAAAACAGGUGCGGACUCGGUCCUCGACUCUAGCUCUGGUGGGGAAGUCCUGGGCCAUAUGAUGGAUCUUGGCAAGUACUACCCGACAGACAAAACCUACAUCAGCAUGAUCAUUGGAUACCCAGCCAAAGCGGUCGCCUCUUUGCGUCCACGACCUAAUUUCUGUCCCAAACUCAAUGGUCUGAAGCAGGUAGUCAUCAAGGUAGAUGAGACCAACUUUAGCAGCAUCUUUCCAAAAAGCCAUAUUGAUUUUCUCGAUGGAAUUAAGUCUCCUUUGAAGCGGGCUCCAGACGACGAACAGGGGGACUGA